AUGUCAUUAAACAAAGAUAUGCACCCACGAAAUCCAUACAAAGAAAAACCACCAGAUUUCCAAGCUUUGGCCAUCGAAUUUCCUGAAUUUCGAAAAUAUUGUCGGAUAGGAAAAAAUGGAAAAGUUAAUGUCGAUUUUCAAGAAGACGCGGCAGUUCGAUGUUUAACCAAAGUUUUGUUGAAAAAAGAUUUUGGGUUGAAUGUAAGUUUUCUCAUUUUUGAAUAAUAAAUCCUUCUCCCCCAAAAUAAACCUAACCUAAAUCUUCAGGUUGAAUUACCGGAUGGCAGUUUGGUUCCACGAAUUCCUCAAAAAUUGAAUUACUGCUUGAUUAUUGAGGAUUUCCUGAAUAUUAAUAAUUUAUGCGCUGAAAAUGAGAAGAUUAUUGGAAUUGAUAUUGGAACUGGAGCAUCUUGUGUUUAUAGUUUGUUAGGAGCAAAAUAUUUUGGUUGGAAAUUUGUUGCGACUGAAGGAGAUGUUAUGUCAGCAGAAGUGGCUCAUCGAAAUGUUUCGAAUAAUUAUUUGAAUGAGAAGAUUUUGAUUGCUGAAGUUGAUCCAAACGCGAAAACUAUUCUAAUGGUAUUUUGUAUUUUAUACACGGAGAAAUUACAAAUAAUCAUAUUUACAGGAUAUGAUAAAUAAACUGGGAAAUGAUCAAAAUUUCACAUUUUGCAUGUGUAAUCCACCAUUUUUCGAAACCAAAGAAACUGAAGAACGAUUCACUUAUGAACCAUCUUUGGAUGGGGAAAAAUACUCGAAUCGCGUGAUUUUUGAAGAACGAUCUCAACCACAUUCUAUCACUUUUGCAUCUUCUGCUGAACUACAAGUCGAAGGUGGAGAAAUCAAUUUUGUGAAUCGAAUUAUUGAUGAUAGUAUUAUUUUGAGAGAUAGGAUCAAGUUAGUUUUAUUUAUUUUUAAUACAAAAAAUUGAAGAAAAAUAUUUCCUUCCAGAAUUUAUACAUCAAUGCUUGGUAGAAAACAAAGUAUAAAGCCUUUAAAACAACGACUUGAAAUUCUUGGAAAUGACGUCAAAUAUUAUGUGACAACUUUGAAUCAAGGAAAAACUCAGAGAUGGAUUUUGGCUUGGACUUUUGUCCCGGAAAUUGUGUUGACUUAUAUGGAUCGUCCUGCAAAUUUGAUAUGCCUGAAGCCUGGAUUAAUUCGAAUUGAGGAGAAAAUGAAAGAAUUGCAAUCGAUUGUGAGACGGGAAAAUAAUAAUAUUGUAAGUGAAAAAAUUAGAAACUGGAAGUAGUAAGAAAAACAUUUUUUUUCCAGUUAAUUUUCGAAUGUCGUCGAAUAACCUGGAAACAUCGAAGAGCACAAAAACGUGCUGAAGCCAAACUCAAUCUUCCGAAUGCAAAAAGAUCAAAACUCUCAUCGAUUGAAGCUUCAUCACAAACUUAUUUGGGAACUGGCGAUGGAAAAGAUUCAUUGAGUGAUUCUGGAAAUUUUGUUGAUGUUAGAAGAUAUUCAACAUCUUCUGCGAAAUUUUCGGAUUGUGAAGUUCAGGUAAUUUUUUUCAAAAUGUUUCUAAAAAAUAAUUCCAAAAAGUUCCGAAUUUUUCGAGAAUUAUUUUUUUUUUCAAAUUUUCUAGUUUGAAUUCAACAGUUUCAGGCGUCUUCUGACCCAAAAAUUCGACGUCAUAAUGAAAUUUUGGCAUAAAAAUCCACGUAAUCAAAAUUUUUCAGGCCUACUUUCCUUGCUCAAACUAUUCGAAUCCAAAUCUUCGAUUUCGUGUCAGUUCCUCUUCAAUUCCUGGAAACAAUCUCGAAGAUCUAAUCAGCAUCGAGCUUUUGAGUGGAGCAAAACAUAAUUUGAAUCAACUUUUACAAUUUCUUAAAAAUUCCCUAGCGUCAUAA